GUGGGGGGGGGGGGGUAGAUAGAUAGAUAUCCAACAGCUGAUGCUGUUUCUGUCUUGCCUAAAGGCACUGCGGCAGGGACACUUUAAGAAGUUUGAGUCCAAGUUUCUGUGGGCACUGCAGGUCUUUCAUUGUGGACAAAUCCAAAAGAAACAGAUGAAUUAAAGGAUAUAUGGAGAAAAAAGUUGACAAAGCUUUCAUAUUUAGAACUCAUGUGUUGCAGCUGAAGGUAACCUCAAGGAUUUGCAGUUGGAUUUGAGGAUUUCAUAUAGCGCACAUUAAAAGUGAGCACUAAAUAUGUUUGGUUUAGAGUCAAAGAAUAAAGUACUUCAACAUAAUGCACAUACGCUUUUACUGAAAUGGUUUUGCUGAUUGCUUUCAGACAAAAUACCGACUUUUCUUCCUACUUUGUGUCUUUCGAGAAGGGAGUGAGUUUAAUGUGUUUUUUUUCUUACCUAUAAGGAAAAAAACAGCUUACGUGGAAGCAAGAAAAGGGAGGCACAUAAAAGCAUUAAUGGCAAAGUAUAUUGUACAACACUAAUUUUAUUUUAUAGCUCUGAUAUGGCAUCUGGGACCAUUUCCCUCACUCUCAUAAUAUGCCAUGGAUUUCAAAUUUUUAUUAUCUUUCUCCAUGUGGUAACUAUUGUAUUUUCUGUAAAUGUUAACUUCUUUUCAGUUAUUGUUUUCUCUCUCUCUAUGAUAUAAAUACUGUUUCUGAGUCUCCUGCAUUUUCCCAGGCAUCAAGGAAAUAUUGACUCCCCUUUUUUGUUUUGUUGGCUUUCAGUAUGGUGAAAUUAAUGAUCACAGAGACUCAACCUUAAAAAAAAAAAUACUUAUAAUGUUUCCCUGCUUUGAAUUUAUGUCACAAAGUUUUAUCUUUUAGGAGGAAAAAAGCAAUUUAGCGUGACACUAAAACAUUACCUCAACAUGUUGAGUAGCGAAAAACCGCCGGCUACACAGGUGGACAAAUAUCAAUGUCAGUACCCUUAUUCAAGCAGUUAAUAUGUUCUCUGCAGGCGUGUAGGAAGGAAUUUUGAGCUUCAGGAGACACCUCCCCGGCCGCAUUAUGUUUUUGGCUUAACCUGCCAUUGUCAUUUUGAGUUCCUUUGAACUCCUAUGUUGCACAUUUAAUCAUUCUAAUGUACUUAUUUUGUGAUAAAUGGCUAUGCACUGAUGAAUCUAUGAGUUAAAUUAAGAGAAGAGGAGCAGGUGAAUAAGCUCUUGUCUCACUUUGACCAAAUAUUCUCAUAUUUGGAAAUAAGCAGAAAUUAGAAGGGAAGGUAGUUAGUAUGAGAAGAGGUAGGGAUACUGCCACAGCGAUUUGGGCAAGUGCAGACAUCGGGCCUGACUUGAAUUCCCACAGCCUCCUCUAAACAUUUUCAGGUCCUUUGGUAAAUCAGGAGCACUACAGCUGCACUGUGCAUGACAGCAAGAAGUCUGUUGUUUUGCCGAGCGCUCGCAUCAAAUAAAUUCUUGGAUGGUGAGCCUACUUGGUUCAAAGCUACAGUCACGCAGCGCUCUGUCAGGCCUGCAAGGUUGCCAAAACCAUGGUCCAGGGCACGGAAAAAAUUACACUAUGAUGCUGUCAUUUUUUUUUGCUUAGAAUGUAAACACAGAAAGAGAUCCUUGCAAAACAAAUGGAGUACAUUUGGACAUUUAAAUGCUUAAGGGUGCAUUACAUCAAUUAGAGCAGUGGUCACCCACCUUUUCAAGCCAAGAUCACUUUUCAUGUCAGACAAAAAGCAAACAUCUACCAUUCACUUCAGAAUUACUUUACAACUUUUAGAUUCUAAAAUUUAGAAAUACAGAAAUUAAUCACUCAUGCUGUAUCGUUUUGCUGCCGAAACAUUUUAAACAUACAUUUGACAGCUGACAUGUAAAUUAAUAGCAGAGUAGUGAAAAUGUAUUUACAAAUGUGAGCCCGGAGCUCCGGGGGGCUCGUGGCCCUUGCUUCCUUGUGACGCAACCUAAUCCCCCCUUCAGGGCAGGGUACUGCUGGCCUGUGUUGGGGCUAUGGCGUCUGCCGGGGCGCAGCUCUGGAUCUGCAGCUCCCAGGGGUUGUUGUGCUAGCUGGGCCAGUUGGUCCAUGUGGGCCCUCCUUGGCCCCUUGCCUCUUGCUGUGGGGGCCCUCUUCAUCAGUACCUGUGGUCUCACUACCUGUCUCCCCCACUGCUCUGUCCUCAUGGGCUGGAUCCACACCAGACUGCCUCUUACUGUGCACUUCACAUUUUUCACACCUCACUGUAUAUAGCCACUCUUAGGCACAUAUUUGGACACAACAGUUAGGGACCCGAAAGCAAGUGGGGGUGGGAGUGAUGGGCUCUGUGAUGGGGUGGACGGCAGGGCUCUACGGCCCUGUCUCUUCCCCAUCACCCUCUUGCUUGCCUCCCCUGCUCUCCAAUCUUUCUUUUUAAUGCACCACACACACUCACCUUGGGGGUAGGUCUGGGGUGGCUGAUGCCUCGCCUACAUUAUCACGGUGCAGGGAAAAUACACUCAACAAAAUACAAACGCAACACUUUUGUUUUUGCUUCCAUUUUUUUAUGAGAUGAACUCAAAGAUCUAAAACUUUUUCCACAUACACAAUAUCAUCAUGUCUCUCAAAUAUUGUUCACAAAUCUGUCUAAAUCUGUGAUAGUGAGCAUUUCUCCUUUGCUAAGAUAAUCCAUCCCACCUCACAGGUGUGCCAUAUCAAGAUGCUGAUUACCAUGAUUUGUGCAUAGGUGUGCCUUAGACUGCCCACAAUAAAAGGUCACUCUGAAAGGUGCAGUUUUAUCACACAGCACAAUGCCACAGAUGUCGCAAGAUCUGAGGGAGCGUGCAAUUGGCAUGCUGACAGCAGGAAUGUCAACCAGAGCUGCUGCUCCUGUAUUGAAUGUUCAUUUCUCUACCAUAAGCCGUCUCCAAAGGCGUUUCAGAGAAUUUGGCAGUACAUCCAACCAGCCUCACAACCGCAGAUCACGUGUAACCACACCAGCCCAGGACCUCCACAUCCAGCAUGUUCACCUCCAAGAUCGUCUGAGACCAGCCACUCGGACAGCUGCUGAAACAAUCAGUUUGCAUAACCAAAGAAUUUCUGCACAAACUGUCAGAAACCAUCUCAGGGAAGCUCACUGCAUCGUCCUCAUCGGGGUCUCGACCUGACUCCAGUUCGCCGCCGUAACCAACUUGAGUGGGCAAAUGCUCACAUUCGAUGGUGUCUGGCACGUUGGAGAGGUGUUCACUUCACAGAUGAAUCCUGGUUUACACUGUUCAGGGCAGAUGGCAGACAGCGUGUGUGGCGUCUUGUGGGUGAAUGGUUUUCUGAUGUCAAUGCUGUGGAUGGAGUGCCCCAUGGUGGCGGUGGGGUUAUGGUAUGGGCAGGAGUCUGUAAUGGACGAAGAACACAGGUGCAUUUUAUUGAUUACAUUUUGAAUGCACAGAGAUUUUGUUUUUGUUUGUUUGAUUUUUGUUUUUUUUUAAAUGGAUUUUUAAAAUUAUUUUAUAUGGGUGAUUAAUAGUCGGGAAUAACACAGCACCUGACAUUCUUCAGUUGUAAUAGCACCGCUUGCUAGUUCCUAUUCCUGUCCGUCCUGUUUCAUCCUGUCCACCCUUUGUUUCCCUGCACAUCACCACUGAGGUGUAGCACUGCCCUCCCUGGCUCUUAAUAGGGAAUUCCAAUAAAGAAUGUGAUGGUGAUGGUCACACGCAUGCACUAAAUAAUAAAAUAUUUGGUUGCAAGACUAAAAUAUGCAUUAAUCUCAUAAAAUGUUGACACCCCUUCUGUGGAGUUAAACAAUGACAAUAAAUGCAGACAAGAAAAAAACCUGGAGAGGUUUGGGAAAUGUGUGAGUUUUCCAUUUCUCAGCUGAGAAAUCCACAGACCGAGUUUGGCCUUAAAUUCGCUGACAGCGCUGAUCAUGUGCGUUACAUCUGUCUUUACCCUGCAACUCUGUGUUGAGUUCGUUCAUUUUGGCUGUCAGGUCUGUAAGGACAGAUGAGGAACAUUUUCCAGGAUAUAUCUACUGUCACGCCACAGCUCAAUGGGUCUUUCUGUGUGUAGUUUGCAUGUUCCCCCUGUGCCUGUUUGGGUUUUCAGCGGAUGCUCUGGCUUCCUCUCACAGUCCAAAGACAUGCUUAAGUUAACUGAUUCUAAAUUGUUUGUAAGUGUGAAUGUGUGAAUGUGAGUGUGCUCUGUCUCUCUGUAAUGACCCUGUGAUAGACUGGCAACCUGUCGAGCAUGUACCCUGCUUUCACCCUUAGUCAGCUGGGAUAGGCUUCAUUGGCAUUUUGGUCAAGAUUUCAUCCACACUUGGACUAUUAGAGGGUGGACUUAAUAUCAGGCACAGCUGUGAGUGAAUACAACAGCAAGAAACACAACAGUUUCCACAAUGAUUAUAAAAUUGAAUCAUAACAAGAAAAGCUGAGCAUUACAACAAUAAAGGCAGGAUUUACUAUGGGGCUGUUGCAGCUCUGUGGACAGACUACUGUGGCAAUUGCGCAUAUUUUUGGAGUUUUUUGUUAAUUAUUCAAGCUGGAGUAUGUCAGUGCACUAUGGAGUUUUUUUUUGUUUUUUUUUAAACUUGUAAUAGGGAAUUUGUUUACUAUGAAUCUGUGCUAAAAUUACGCAUUCCUCAACAACUUGCAACGCAAAGUUGCUGCAUUGUGAGUCAUAGUAUUUUUUUUAUCUCUUCUGAAAUUCCUCUUAAGUCCCUGUUCAGACGCUGAGGUUUAACCGUUACAAUCAUAUAGCUUCAUUAUAUUGUAAAACGCGUAAUAGGAUUCCCAUAGUCCUUUUGCAGUGAGGACAGACCGGUAGUCAGCGUUGUGGAGCUCAGGUUUCAGACGAGGGGCCUCCUCUUCUUGAAUAGGGCCGAGUUACAUGGAGGAGGAGGAGGACGACGAGGAAGGGAGUAGGAGCCCGCAAGGAAUCAAAGGUCCUUCUUUUGUCGCUUUCGUUCGGGAUCCCGACAUAUGGGGUCAGCACGGACUGAAUGGGUUCAUACUGAAGCCUCCUGCCGCGGACGCAGAUGAGAACGCGCGUUAAUUAGAAAAACCUGGUGAAGUAAUUAACAGCAAAGGAGAGAAGACGUACGGGUUGGAGCGCAGAAGUCUAAAGCUGAUUUAGUGCUCCAGUUACCUUGGCACCAUGAGUUGGAGCUUCUUAACCCGUCUGCUGGAUGAAAUCUCCAACCACUCCACCUUCGUGGGGAAGAUCUGGCUAACUGUGCUCAUCAUCUUCCGCAUUGUGCUGACUGCUGUUGGUGGCGAAACCAUCUACUACGAUGAACAAAGUAAAUUUGUCUGCAACACACAACAGCCUGGGUGUGAGAAUGUGUGCUAUGAUGCUUUUGCUCCACUCUCACAUGUUAGAUUCUGGAUCUUUCAGGUGAUCAUGAUCACCACUCCCACCAUCAUGUACCUGGGCUUUGCCAUGCACAAGAUUUCCCGUAUGGAAGACACCGAGCACCGGUCCAGCAGGAACCGUAAGAAAAGGAUUCCCAUUGUGAACCGUGGGGCAGUGCGAGACUAUGAAGAAGCAGAGGACAAUGGAGAAGAAGACCCAAUGAUCGCUGAAGAGAUUGAUUCUGACAAGUCAGAGAAGACAGACAAAAGCUCAGAGAAGCAUGAUGGACGGCGGCGGAUCUUGCGCGAUGGUCUCAUGAAAGUCUAUCUGUGCCAGCUGCUGUGGCGCUCUGCUUUUGAAGUUGCCUUCCUUUUCGGCCAGUAUGUCCUCUAUGGCUUCGAGGUGAUCCCUUCAUACAUCUGCACCCGCUCACCAUGCCCGCACGCUGUGGACUGCUUUGUGUCCCGCCCCACAGAGAAGACCAUCUUUCUACUGGUAAUGUACGUUGUGUCAUUUCUCUGUCUGCUCCUCACGGUCCUGGAGAUUAUCCAUUUGGGGAUCGGUGGCAUCCGUGACACCUUCCGCAGGCGGGCCACCCUUAAUUCCCGUGGGCCCCAUCCAUCCUCAUCGCGCACCAUCCCCACCGCUCCACCUGGAUACCACGUCACCAUGAAGAAGGAGAAACUGAAAGCAGAGCUGAGGGACUUGCCAAUGGGUGACUCUGGGCGAGAGAGUUUUGGGGAUGAAGGCCCCUCUUCCAGGGAGCUGGAGCGGUUAAGGAGGCACCUGAAGUUGGCACAGCAGCACCUGGGCCUCGCCUAUCCAGUAGAUGAAAGGAGUCCUUCACGAAGCAGCAGCCCAGAGGUCAACACAACCACGCAGUCGGCCACCGAGCAGAACCGCCUCAACUUUGCCCAGGAGAAGCAGGGCGAGGCAAGCGAGAAAGGAAUACAUGCCUGAGCGUGCUUCCUGCCUCAAAUGUCUGUCCUAUUCCUACUGGCCUUAAACACAUGGGGGAAGCACAUAUGGGAAUGCAGUCAGACCACUGAGGGAGACCAAAGCGCUUGUGCGUGCGCGUGUGUAGGAGAGAGAGAGAGUGUGAGAGAUGUGCUUUUCAGUAUUAGUGGGUCAGAUGAGAAAAAAGAAAUGCUGACCAACUGUGUUGUGACAAAUGAUUCAUCUCCACGACUCUAAACUUGAAAGCCCACCAUAUUAUGAGUUUACGCUUACCGACUGAUGUCCAAACCUUGACUGUGUGCCUUCGGCUAAAAUUUGUCUACACCCUGUUCUUUUGGCCACACUUUUUUCUGGGUUUUUUUUUGUGGCCUUGAAAUAAUCCCUGUUCAUUUAAGACUUUGUAAGGAUAUUGCGAGCUUUAAAACUCCUCUGGCUGAGUGUGCUUUAUUUUGUCUUCCUCACAAAAGAGAGGCACUCCUUUUUAUCAAAAUGUCACAGAAUGUUAAUGUCUCACUUUGUUGGGGCAUGUUUGCUUCAGAGAGAAUCUUAAAUGCAGCCUUGGGUUAUGUCAUUUUUGGACCAUGUGCAGGAGCAUGUUUGUUGCAACUAGGGCAGCUGAACCUGUGUUAGGUGAGUCGUGUUUAAUUUAAACAGAUUUGAUGUUGGGGAUUAUUGUUUAUUCGUCAGAAGUCAUGCAAUUUCUGAGAUGUUUGACAGAUAUUUGAAGCCUUUAUAGUUACUCUAUUCGGCCAUAAUGUUUACCUGGGCAAUGCUUGAAUUCUUAAUUGACAGGAAAUGCUCCAAGGAAUUUCCAAGAAUAAUAUUUGUAAAAUCACUUAAUUGAAAAUAGUUACCAGAACUUGUUUUUUUUACACUGAUUUGACCAAAGAUCUAAACUAGUGACUUUAGAAGAAAAUUUUGGCAACACAACUACCAGCUGUUUCACAUGACGAAAGAAAAGUAAACAUUUGGAUGCUGAUAAAUCCUUCUCUUCCCUCAAUUAAAAAAUAAAUGCUAACAAUGUUCGUCACUGAAAAAGCUGACAAAUUAUUAUUGUGGGGUUUCUUGCUACCCAGCUGGAAGCAUCUGUCUUCUGGGACACUGUCAACAAAGAAAUUCUAUUGUGUCUUUUGAAAUUUACAUUCUUCGUUGGUGACAUAUUUUCCAUCCUUGACAUAGUCCACUACUUUUGUGCUGAAACAUGGAUGCAAUUGUGUAUGAUGAGAUUAAAGAACAAAAAAUGUAGAACAACAUAUUUGAGGAAAGGAUGACAGUUGUCUGCUGACGCACAUUCUGGUGUCAUGUAAACACAUAAUCUUUGGUUCAUCUUGAGACUUUGGAUCAGUGUUCAUAGAGUUCAUACUUUUUCACAGCCUGUUAGUUGGUUUUAUGGUCUGGUGGCUUGAAAAAUAAAACUACAGAUUGCCACAAAGCUCUUUGCUGUAUUCUUGUAAUCAUCUCACUUCCAAUUUUUACUACUUAUUGCAAGGUACAACAUUCCAUUUUGCGUAUGGCACUCCUUCAAUGCUGGUACUUUUUUUUCUAUUGCAAAUUUUGUAGUAUUUGUAGAGAUUGUUUUGUCUUCAGAGCAAAUAAAUAUAUUUGAAGGGAA